UAUAUCGGCAAAAGAAAUAUGAAAUAGAAAUGAAAAUAAAACGCGGCAUACAAGCGUACAGUCAUCGAGCCGCAUGUGUACAGUUUUACGGAUGAGUGGGUGGGAGACAAUCAGCGGAAGCAGUCAUCUAUCGAUUGCGUACGUGCCUAUAGCCACGCGAAUCGUUCCACGUGGCCGUACACGCGUAUUCCCUGACGUACGCCUGAUUUACGGCGCGCGGACCAACGCAAUGUUUGUAACAGCAGUACAAAGACUCUCAUUUCAGUAUAUGUGUACAUGACACGUGUCAUUUGACACGUUAUAUAGAUAACAGCCGCAUCUUGUCGUGUACGCUGCAUUUGAGUGAGUACCCACUCUCGCUGAGACGUACACUAAAGUCUCGCAUAUCUCCUAGCCCGACGGGUUGCGAAAAUAACAUCCACGCACAACAAUCAUAAUAACAUUAGCAGAAACAACAACGACGACAACAACAACAACAUCAACAUCAACAUCAACAUCAGCAACAACGACACCAACAAAUAGACAAAAAGACAACAACAACAAAAACAGGAACGCAAACGCAAUCAAAGGAGCCAGCGUAUUUCCUCGAAGCAGGCUAGCCGCCGCGCCGAAGCGAGGGACGAUCGACAACCGUGGUAAAAAAAACAUGGGUAUGUUUGCGACGAAGAUCUAUCGGAUCCUCACAGAAGGCUUUACAACCGAGGCGCGAAUCCUUCUACUAGGACUAGACGCAGCAGGUAAAACAACAAUAUUGUACAGCUUGAUCUAUGUAGUCGAUAGCGCUGAUCCGGAGAGAAUUGAUGAAGCGAAAAACGUGUUACACAGAAUGAUGACAGAUCGGGACAUGAUUGGUGUUCCCAUCGUCGUGUUCGCCAACAAACAAGAUAUCCAGGAUGCAAUGGAUCCUGCUCACAUCAUGACGAAACUUGACGUGAAAUCCCUCCAGAGUCAAUGGCAUGUUCAGGGGACGUCCGCCAUUACAGGAGAAGGCAUCUACGAAGGACUUGACGUUCUGAGCAAAAUGGUGAAAGAGUUUAAGAAAAAUAGAGCAGGACGCUUUUAGAGAGAAUUUUUUUUAGAACGUUUUAAUGUUUUCCACUUCUACCAAGAAUGUUUGGUACUGUUUUUCUAUAUAUUUUUACAUCUCAUUUUACAAAUUUAGCAGCUGUUUCUUUCUGGCCGCAUGAAUUAAUCGUGCUGAUUUCUUUCGACCUAUGUAGUAGUAAUGCAAAAAUUUCAAGCAGCGUUUACCUAUUAUCUGCAGUGUUUGUUAUAUAUUGAAUCGAUUUUGUGAAAUUUGUUGCGAUGCUGUAUGUAAGUCAUACACGUCAUAAUUGCGCAGGUAACAGCGCAAUGGCGCAGAUAGAGUAAGGUGAGAAAUGAAUACGGUUGAAGCGAUCUUUCGUUGAAGAUAUCCGGUACUAAGACUAGCCCGUACUUAAUACGCGUUAAAUUGUGUGUGUAUAUAGGCAAUUCGGGCCAGAGGCGGGCUAAAAUUCGGGCAUGUGCCGUCUACCUGUGCUAAUUUAGCUCGGUUUCUCGCUGCAAUUUAGUGCGCCUCAGGACCGGGCCUGACUCGGACUAUAGUUACCUCCGCCAGGGGCAUGGCGGGGGUUAUGUUUUCACCGGCGAGUUUUUGAGUGUUGGU